CAAAGUGCCACUUUUUUCGCUGUUGGUCAUCUCUCGGACACCUGCCCACAGGCUUACUCUCUUUUAGCAAUGUGGUGCGGUCGUGUGGCCCUGCGUCAGCUCCAACGGGUUGCUGUUGCUCCAUUAAAUGUUACCGGGGGUCUAACAGCUGCUAUGCAGAAGGCGAUGUCAACGCUGCCAAGAGUGUACGUCACCCGGCAGAUCCCACCUGAGGGACUGAGAAUCCUCCGUGAAUCAGGACAAGUGCAGUUUGAGCUGUGGGACUCUGAUGAUAUCCCCGUGCCAAGGAAAGAGCUGCUUCAAAAGGUCAAAGGGGUAGAUGCCCUGCUCUGCGUGCUCACAGAGAAGAUCGAUGCAGAACUAUUGGACGCUGCAGGUCCAAACCUGAAGGUCGUGAGCACCAUGUCAGUGGGCUUUGACCAUCUCUCUUUGGAGGAGCUGAAGAAAAGGGGAAUACGUGUGGGGUACACUCCAGAUGUUCUGACUGAUGCUGUGGCAGAGCUCACGGUGGCCCUGCUGCUCACCACCUCCAGGAGGCUCGUCGAGGCCACGCAUGAAGCCAAGACUGGUGGCUGGGGCACAUGGAGAACAAUGUGGCUGUGUGGGUAUGAGCUAGCCAAUAGCACUGUUGGUAUCUUUGGCUUGGGGAGGAUCGGGGUGGCCAUUGCUGAACGUCUGGCACCCUUCAAAGUGAAGAGGUUCAUUUACACAGAUGUAGAACCCAGACCUGAGCUGGCUGGUAUCAUUAAUGCAGAAUACGUUUCUAUGGAUGAAAUGGCCAAGCAGUCAGACUUCCUGGCUAUCUGCUGUGCUCUCACACCAGAGACCAAGGGAAUCUGCAACAAGGAUCUCUUCUCCAAGAUGAAGAAAACAUCCAUCUUCAUCAACAGUAGCAGAGGGGGUGUGGUAAACCAGGAAGACCUGUAUGAAGCUCUGUCCACUGGACAGAUUGCAGCAGCUGGCUUAGAUGUCACUGUCCCAGAGCCCUUGCCUACCAGCCACCCCCUGUUCACCCUCAAGAAUUGCGUGAUUCUGCCCCAUAUUGCUAGUGCCUCCUACUCAACCCGCAACGCCAUGUCUGCCCUGGCAGCCAACAACCUGCUGCUUGGCCUGAGGGGGGAGCCCAUGGUCAAAGGGCUGAAGCUCUGAGAAGCAACGGAUUUCCACCAACUACUGGCUAAAUAACUGGGCCAAUAAUUUUAUAGUCUUUAUCCUUUCCAUAGAUGACUGAGAUAAAACAAGGUGUUCUCAUUUUAUAACGGCGUGACUCUUUGUUGCCCUUUACCUUAGCUUUUCAGUCAACCCCAAACUGCAGCAUCUGCUUAUCAUGCAUCCCUGCACAUUUUAAUAAAAGUGUCACAAACAAGAAACAAAUUUAUUUUCAAUUAAUUCUAUACAACAGAUGGCACACAGUACAUCCUUCAUCACCUUUGACAUAACAGACAAACAUUUACAAUCUCCCAUAGUUCCAUUAUAUUAGGUAUACAUUAACAACAAUGAAAAAAAGAAACUCUUCAAUUUUGGCAUAUUAACAAAAGGCUAGCUUUUCAAGCUCAGGGGUGUAAGGCAAUGACUUCAUAAUCAGUGUAUGCCUUUUUAUAUUCGUAGAUUUUGGCAUGAUUCGAACGAGUCAGUGCAUUUUUCAAAGAUCCCCAUCUAAAAGACAGUAACAUGACAGGUUUUACUAGGCCACGGUGUGUUUGUGUGUGACAGGCCACUUUGGAUGAGCGCCGGCCUUGGCGAAUCUCUCCUCGUCGUCUAUACCCCCCUCCCCGUCUCUGCAGCUCAUUAUCAAGGAGCACGACAGCGAUGGCUCGCUCUUGAUAAUGGAGCUUUUCCUUUCCUGCGUGUGUAGGAAGGUGACAGUAGAGAACACACAAGAUGCAAAGAUAAGAUUUGAGAUCUAACUGUCGGGGGGGGGGGGGGGGGGCAUUUAAAUACCUAGGACAUGCCAAACGGGCUCUCAAAGUGACAUACGUCAUUGGUUCACUUGAAAAGGAAACCAUACCAAGGCUCGUGUUUACAGUGAAAACAUCCUAAUGGUCUUUGCACGAGGCAAAAAAACCAAUCUCUUUUGAACCGUCUCAAAUAGAACGGUGAGACUAACAGUGUAAAAACUCAACAAUAAGGUGCCAUCUAGAAACGUCCACAACAACACUGCGACUCUUAACUCAGUGACCAUGUGAGCGACAAACUACCGCAAGGAAAACAAAAUUCCACAACAAACAAACAAAAAAAAGCAAACAUACAAGCAAACAAUUAUUCUUUAAGUCCAUUAAAAAGAUAAAGUUUACAGAGCUGCACCAACGCUGGUCCCGUUACCCAAACUCUCCACACACUUCUGCAACUACUGGCCUUGUCAAAAACGUUCUUCUUCUUUUGUGGUGGUUUGCCGCUGACGUAACAGCAUGGGUGACUGUUUAAUUCUGAACGGCUCUCUGGUGUUCAGAGUACUCAUGGAGCGUUGCUACGGGUGACGGUAAGGCGAGCAAACACGAUAAGCCUCAGGACAGCAACCCGGGCUCUGAACUUCAAUUCCUUACAGACACAAGGCAAUCUGGUUUUUCGGCAUGAAAGCAUCCCCCCCCCCUUUGUACCUGGCCAAUCACCCCGCUCUCUGAGUCGUCCCGGUCGCUGCUCCACCCCCUCUGCUGAUCCGGGGAGGAGUGCAGACUACCACAUGUCUCCUCCGAUACACGUGGAGUCGCCAGCCGCUUCUUUUCACCCGACAGUGAGUUUUCCCAGGGGGACGUAGCGCGUGGGAGGAUCAUGCUACCCCCCCCCAAACAGACCGACCAGAGGAGGCGCUAGUGAAGCGACCAGGACACACACCCACAUCCGGCUUCCCACCUGCAGACACGCCCGACCAAGCCGGCGCUAAACACGGGGAUUCGAACCGGCGAUCCCCCGUGUCGGUAGGCAACGGAAUAGACCGCUACGCUACCCGAAUGCCCAGGCUUGAAAGCAUUUCUAACGAGAUAAACAGUCAAGUAUCAGCAACAGCUCACAAUUGGGUGAAGCUGAAAGUGUUCUCCAUCCAGCUCUUCACAUUUUAGCAAAUUAAGCCUGGCCCUGAAAACUCUCUGGAAAAGCGUAAAGAAGUAAAUACGUUUCAAAAACACCGAAAAGAGGAAAAAAAAAGUGAAACAUUUUUUUUGCUAUUCUAGGACAUCAGAAUUUGCAAAAUUCUGGACUUUCUCCGUCUUGCGGUUACAUAAUUUACACGUGUGUUGGGGGAGGCCCGCGGGGCGCGUUAAACGGUAAAGAUACUUCCGGCGCCACAAGCCGACUCCGGUUUGACUUCCUGUCCGGAACGCUGAGAGGCGCGCACCUCACGGCAACACACGUUAUUCAUAAACUCACAACGUGACUCGGUCUAGCAACUGGGUAAAUGUGUAGGCGGAUAAUUGAAAUACGGCAAAAGCGACACAGUUUAACAUUCCAGUGACAAUAUUUGCUUUGUUUCGGGUCAUCGUGAAUAAUAGUGAUUUGUCCUAGUGCUUUUGCUAUGCGUUAAGACAGUGUUUCUCAACAGGGGGUCCGCGGACCCCUAGUGGUCCGUGGUGUAAUUGCAAGGGGUCCGUGAAAAUAAAAUAUCUUUAAAAAAAAGAUCCUAUGACAUUUACAGAAAUAGGAUUAUUUUACUCAAAUGUGACUGAGACCUUUAUCUACCUAAACUAUAAAGGGUAAUAGGGCUUUUUUCUCUAAUUACAUCUGUUUCACAAGUGUAAUUUAUUGUAUUUUAAUAAGAG